GUAUAGUGCGCGUCCCCUUUAAACAGCGCCGGGUGGAAACGGUCGCUCGCGCACAAGACUGGAAUUUACUAAGGAAAAACAAAACAUCAGCUAACUGCUAACAGUGUAAUACACUAACAUUUCAUCUGGAUACCGCCAAGAAACGACGGCGACUAAACAAUGAAACUUAUUAAGGUUGAUGUAAGAAAGCUUUUAGUUUGAAUGGAGUGCUUUAUUAGUUUAUGAACAGUUUCUGUGCAGGGGUAAGUGAGGUGUAUCGUACCCCGUCCUAUUAGGAUGGACAGUUAUUUUAAGGCUGCUGUGUGCGACCUGGACAAGCUUUUGGAUGACUUUGAGCUCAACGCAGAGGAGCUUGAGAACAAGCCUACCACUUUUACAAGCCCUCCUUCUCUGGACUCCACAAUCGUUCCUGGUCACCAUUUGGACCUUCAGAGCUGCACACCAGAGCAACACACAGUCACACAAACUCUCCCAGAUGUCAAUACCCUGCACUAUGGACUUACAUCACAAAGCAUUACCUUAAACCAGAUAGAUUCUUAUUCAAAUGAACGGCCGCUCACAGGUGUGGACCUCCUGUCCUCCGUCGAUAGCAUAGGCAUCAAAAGUUCAGCUCCCCCUUGUCCGGACCGCUCACUGAAGCCGGUGUGUGAUCUGGUGAAUGAUACGGGUUCUGCAAACCUCCAGCAGGCUGACAGUCAGGAGGACUUUAAAGAGCUGGAACAAACUAAUGAGGAGCUGCUAGUGGACUUCGAGAGCGCUGUGGUAUCUAGACCAGAAGAUGCUUCUAACCCCGGUCUAUUACCAAAACUGGACUCUGAGGUUAACUAUAACUCAUUCAGCCUGCUGGAUGUCAUAUUACCAGCCAUUGGUGACCCUUGUGGUUCAAGUAGCAUCACUCCUUUGGAGUGCAAUCAGAUUGAAAGUUCUUGUCCUGAAGACUCAAACUCCAGUGAUCAGAACAAUUCUCAAUGCAAAGUCUCCGUGAACGAGGACGAUGUUAGUAAUUCAGAUCCUCAUGCUACAGAUGAAGCUAUUUCAGCAACCAAAGAAGAGCAUGCUGUAUCACUGCAGCCAGACUCAACAGAUACCCAACUAUCUGAAGAUCUCAGUAUUAAAACUCCAGAGGAUCCAGCUGGAAGUCCCUCCUUGGAGAAGGAAACUUCUCUGUCUUGCUUGCCGAUGGCCGUAUCUAUGUGUGGAUCCCUUGUGGCAUCUUUAGACCCACAGGCAGCAGUGAUUGAAACCAAAGAUGAGGCUGAUCUGGAAAAAAAUUCAGCGAUUCAAGAGGCUGAAGAGUUAAUUCUUCCGUUAGAAGAACCCUCAACACCGUUCUCCUCCAAUAGACCUGAUUCCUCACCUGAAGAUGAACCUGAGCUUGUCCAAAUCAUGUCGAACACCGAAAGAGCGACUGCUGUCUCGGGCCAUUACCCUGAAAGAAACUUUAAAUGCAGCUUAUCACCAUCAGAUAAAGAGGUUUGCGAAAUCAACCCAUCUCCAACCUAUUCAGAAAGCCCUAAUUAUUCCUACGAGUUCAGUAUCGCCAACGAAUACCUUCCUGAAAGUGACGAGACCGUUAUGAUGGUUACAGACGAGGAGCUGGACGCCUUUCUGAUGGGUCAGGAUGUGAAAAUGAACUCCGACGCAGGCGCAGAAAAAUUCACAGAUGACGGCUUUUCAGAAUUUAAUGGAAAUGUGGAAGGCUUUUUAGACGAGGAGCUGCAGAGCUGUAAAGUCGGGACGUUUGCUUCUCCUGAAAGUGAUGGUUCACUUCAAUAUCUGGAGGAGAGCGAAGGUUCGAAUGUUUCUUCCUCAUCUCAGGACAGCAGCCCGAUGAGGACAGACUCCACACAAACGAUUACCCAAGAAAAUGCAACCAGCCCUGUUGAGAUUCAGUCAGUUAGUGCCCCCAACCAAGAGUCAAAUUAUGGCGGAGCGAGACCAAAGCAGUUAUCCAACCAAACCGCACGGCCUCCAUCAGAAAGACAAAGGACUGGUCAUGCCGAACCCAAUGUAGCAAGCCUUUCUGAAGAGCAUGGCUCGCAAAUUUCUCCCAAACAAGAGGAAAAUAACUGUGAACCCCCUUCUUAUCAGCAAUAUGAUGCCAGUUAUGGCCAUGAUGAGCUUUCAGAGCCUCCACCGUAUCCAGGAGAGAGUCCUGAUCCACCAGGACACGAGGCCGAGGAUCUGGGGUCAAAGCAGCCUCCUUGGGUCCCGGACUCUGAAGCUCCUAACUGCAUGAACUGUGAGCAAAAGUUUACCUUUACCAAGAGGAGACACCAUUGCAGAGCAUGUGGGAAGGUGUACUGUGCUAGCUGCUGCAACCGCAAAUGCAGACUGAAAUAUCUGGACAAAGAUGCAAGGGUUUGUGUCGUCUGCCAUGUAACAAUACAGAGAGCUCAAGCCCAUGAGAGAAUGAUGAGCCCUACUGGGCCCAGUCCCAAUCCCAACAUCCCAUCAGAGUACUGCUCCACCAUACCGCCCAUGCAGCAGGCCCGCGCCGCCGGCACCCUCAACUCUCCCCCACCCACCGUCAUGGUCCCCGUGUCCGUCCUCAAACACCCCGGUAAUGAUGGGUUUCCACGUGAGCAGAAGCAUGUGUGGUUUGCUGAUGGUAUCCUGCCGAACGGUGAGGUCGCAGACACCACCAAACUCUGUGUACAGACCCGGAGAUCCUCUCAGGAGUCGAGUCCUGUAACACCAGACCCGCCGGCGCCCAAUGGUGCAUUUCCUGGCGAGUGUGAUGAGAGCACAGGAGGAAGUUCUGACAGCGCUGCCGAGGCGAGCCGCCCGCCCAUCAGAGGCCCAUGGGACUACGGUCUGCUCUGUGCGCUGGGCAGCUGUGUGCAGAGAGCAGUCAGUCUGGUGCCGGAGGACGAUGACGGUCUGCCUCCACUGCUCAUUACUACAGGAGAGGAGGAAUAUGGGGAUUUAUUAGUUGAGGAACGUCCUGCUGCUUGCCAAAUAUUGCUGCUGUUGGAAGAGGGAGGCCCACAACCUCUGACCUUCGUGCUCAACGCCAAUUUACUGGUGAACGUCAAGAUUGUCACAUAUGGUGGGAAGAGGUGCUGGUGUCUGAGCUCUAAUGGUCUUCAGGGAGUGGGCCAGAAGGAGCUGGUGUUUAUAAUCGAGUGUCUCGUAAAGGAGAACAGCCUUCCUAAAGACCUAUUCAACCUGUAUGUUAGUAUCUAUGAGGAUGCACAGAAAGGGAAAUUCAUCGAGCACCUUGGAAAUCUUACGUUCACUGACAGUUUCCUGGGCAGUAAAGAUCACGGCGGCGUCCUGUUCUUCACUCCAACCUUUCAGCCACUGGAUGGUCUUGCUCUGCCGCCAGUCUCGUUCCUCUGCGGUGUUUUGAUCCAGAAACUAGAGGUUCCCUGGGCUAAAGUAUUUCCCCUCCGACUGCUGCUCGCUCUGGGGGCACAAUACAGCGUGUAUCCCUGGCCUUUGGUGAGCGUGCGUUUCCGUGACUCAGUUUUCAAAGAGACGGGCCACACCAUCAUGAAUCUGCUCACAGAUCUGAGGAACUACCAGUACAGUUUGCCGGUGGUGGAAAGUCUGCGAGUGCACAUGGAGUUGGGCAACAUCUACAUCGACAUUCCCAAGUCCAGGUUUAAUGAGAUGCUGAAGGUGGUGAACUCCUCUAAUGAACACGUGAUCAGUUUCGGCGCCUGUUUCAGCACCGAGGCCGAUUCUCACCUGGUUUGCGUGCAGAACGAGGACGGAAGCUACCAGACACAAGCCAACAGUAAACCAGGAAAAGCCAGGAGAGUGACUGGAGCUAGUUUUGUGGUUUUUAACGGUGCUCUGAAAGCCUCGUCAGGAUUCAUAGCCAAAUCCAGCAUCGUGGAGGACGGGUUAAUGGUGCAAAUCCCUCCGGAGACCAUGGAAGGUUUGCGACAGGCCCUCAGGGACCAAACCGACUUUCAGAUCCCGUGUGGAAAAGCAGAUUCGGAUGAGACACGGGAAAAUGUGAAUGUACGCUGGGUGGACUGGACAGCACCGGUCAACACUGGAGUCAUCAGUCCGGUGGAUGGCCGGUCUCUAGAGGGAGUGUCGAGCGUCAAGAUUCAACAGGACUCAGAGUUUGAGAUGGACGGUCAAACCAUCAGGUGUACUGAGGUCUUCUAUCUGCUGAAGUCUUCAGACGUCUCUCUGUCUGCCGUCUUCACGUCAUCGGCGCAGUUUCAGAGAGAGAUCGCCACGGCCAGCUGCGCUGCUCUCUGUCCUCACCUGUCUGUGCUCAUGGCCAAUGGAUUCAACUCUCUCGCCCUCCGGGUCUCCACCGACUCAGACAUGGUUGAGUACCAGGCUGGCUCCGGUGGCCACCUCCUGCCUCAGAAGUAUAUGAAUGAUCUGGACGGGGCUCUCAUUCCUGUCAUCCACGGAGGAAGCUCCUGUGUCCCACAUCAGGCCAUGGACAUGGAGUUUUUCUUCUACAUCUCUCUGAGCAUUUGAAAGCUUACAAACUUUGCAGCCAUUGGGAUCUUCACGAUUGGUGCCAAUGAAUCACAGACUUAUCUGACAAGGUAUGGAGAGUUUGAUGCAUUUUCAAGGAACUUCACUGAAGUGGAACUAUAUUAGCGACCCUUUAGAAUAAAGCAGAGGUCAGCAACAUAAAUAAAAACCUUGCUGUGCUUCUUCCUGUUUCAGUGGAUGCCGGUUGAUGAAUGUUGGUUUGAAUGCGAACAGAAUUGUUUAUGUAUGACUAUGAUGUAUGAUAUACUGAUAAUUAUAAUCGUUACUUGAUUGCACACACGUAGCGACCGAGCAUAUGAAGUGCUGCAUUUCUUUAUCUCUGUUUUUCUGAGCUGGAAUCUGCAAUGUUUUUUUGCCAUCCGUCAUAAUUUACUGUUACCUUGUGAAGUAGCUUCAUGUGGAUCCAUAUGAAGGUUUUAUGUACUGAUUAUUGUACUUUCUAAGUACUGCAUCUUAUGGUUAGCCAUUGUUCUCAGUUUGUAAAUACACCUCUGUUUGAUCGCAUAUAGACUGCUUAUUCGAUUAUGCUUAAAUACUAUUUUUGGAACAGACAGUUCAUGUGUUGAUUAAAGGCGAUAUUUUUGAUAGGGCAUUGAAAUUACACAUCAAAACUCAUUCUGCAAUUAUAAUCCCAGAAAAAGCUCAUGAAAUGCAUUUUCACAUCACAUAUAUAUAAAAAAGAAGAAUUUAGAGUAAAGAAAAAGGAUGAUGGGAUCGCUAUGAAAAGAUUUGCUUGAACAUUUAUGUAAUUAUUUUCACACUACUGCAUUAAUUAAAGAAAAGGUCAUUUAUGGAGAUCUUUAAAUGGCUUUCUUUUACUAUUAGUUCAUUUUUACUGGACAAACUGAAAAAGCCCUGUCUGUUAACACUACACAUGUGUUGUUGGUGUGUCCAGCCAGGAACUGAAAAUAUCAACACAUCUAAACACGUUUUUAUUUAUUUUUUAUUAUUAUUUGGUAAUCCCACCGUGAUAAAAUUUAUAAGGCUGCCAAAGGUCCUUAAUGUACUACAGAUAUUAAAUAUCUGUAAUUUUUAAUGGAUUUGACAGAUUGAAUCUCUGUUCUUAUAAAAUAUGCUGGAUGGUGUUUCUGAAUUAAGUAGCCAUUUUAUAAAUGCAAUAACCUUUAAUUCUUUCACUAGACUGUGAUACUUCAUUUUUACAUUCAGCUUAAAAUGUACUUUAACCUGCAAAACAAAGCUUUUCCCCCCUCAAAUGAAUUCUGAUUAAACUGACACCAUUAAACCAUUAAUUCUUAAAUUAUGCAUCUUAAAUUCAUUAAUUUGCAAAAUGCACUUUUACUGUCAUCAAUGAAAUUAAAUACAGGACGAGUGAUUGUUUCUUUUUUUAUUAUUAUUUUUUUCUUCAUAGUGAUAAAAUACAACAUAAACAGUGUUGAAUCAGUUUAUUUGAUAUAUUGACUGGUAUUUUUAAAUAAUCUGAUGGCCUCUAUAAUUCUGUCAUAAGCCAAAUACAAAUGUUAAGAUGAAAUAAAGAUGAUUGUUGUGGAAGGAUUGAGAUUAAAUGUCUGUGAAGUUAAUUAAGCAUUUUAUAGACAUCUCAGAUCUUCUCCCAUAGAUUUAGGCUUUGUGGAAUAUUUUGGGAGUUUAAUUAUUUUCUCACCGUUUCUGAUUAAGUCAUCACAAUUAAAGUAUUUUUAAGCUGUAAAGAUGUAUCAGUUUGCAUAAUGUAUAUCUAUUUAUUCUUGAAAAAACAGAUUUAUUUGAUGAUUUGUCUGGAAUGGGACCUAAGGAUGUUCUUCAAAACAACAUUCAUUUCUAAUAUGUAUCUCAUGUAGAAUAAAAUUUUGAUAAAUAUA